UUUAUUAUGGUCGUUCGUGACACAAGCAGACAGGACGCGACGGCCGACGGCAAACACGAAGCAGUGAUUGGAGUCGGUUUAUGUGAUAAAUAUUGUGUAAAAAACAUCGUAAAGAUUGUCAAAUUCGAACGUUCGCGUAAAUGGAGGCUUUACCGCGAAAGAAAGUUCGAGGAAAUGUCACCGACGAAUCGAGUGCUGAAGAGAGCGCGAAAGUUAGCGGGAAAUGCACGGGUCAGGACUUAACCUAUGAUGUACUGAGAAUAAUAUUUAAGAAUUUGAAUGGAAUGGAAUUGUCGAGCGCCGCGAUGGUUUCCAGAUCCUGGUUAGAAGCGGCAAAUAAUGAAAAACGAACCAGAGGUCCUACUCAUUCGAUAGAACAUUUAACAGAACAUAUAACCAUGGGACGCGUUAAGACACAAAUAAUUAAACAAUUACGUAUAAAACCUGUGUUAGGAUUAUUUUUUCCAUCUAAUCGUAUACCACUUUUCGAAACAGAUUGCCACUGUAAAGUUCUUCCACCAAAUUGCAACACUAUCACGUUGGGUACAUAUGGCAUAGUUAUCGAUAAUUUAGAAAUUGAGAAUGGUGUGGACGAAAUAGUAUGUGCAUUCUUGCCUGAAAUACCCGAUGUAACCAUUAAAACAUUUGCUUUUGGAGAGAAGACGGUGACAGAGAAGAAUCAAUCAAAUUCUGUGGACAAAUACAGCGAAGAAAUAAAACAAUUUCUUAGUACACCUCAAAAGAAUUCUGGUAUAUCUAAAUGUUUAUUACUGUUUUGCGUUCAACGAGGACGUGUUCCUGCAAUAAAAAUUACGAGUUCCCUAAAACGAUGUUACGCAGCAGAUGAACUUUCUGUAUGGGGAGGUGUAGCCAGGGAGUUAUUAGUAUGUAACGCGAAAGAUAAAAAAAAUCGUCGAUGUGGAGAAUUUUCAUCUUGCGUUGCCGUUGCUUUGGUCGGAGCUAUGAACACGUGGUCUAUAGUUGUUGAUAAACAUUGUAAGACUAAAGAACUAAUUGAACAACGACUAAGAACGUUUAAGAGUCACACGUGUCUAAAAAAACAUUCAAUAGGAUUUAUGUUUGCGUGCUGUGCACGUGGGCAAAGUAUGUUCAAAGAAUGGAACGUGGAGUCGUCCAUUUUUAAAAAAUUAUUCCCCGAAGUACCGUUAGUAGGAUGUUUCGGUGACGGAGAAUUCGGAGAAAAUUCAUUACCAAACGAAUCUUCAAGAAAAAAGAGAACUUGGUAUCACGAAACGACCACAAUUUUUUUGAUAAUCACGUACGGUUGAUCAUCGCAGAGUUGAUUUUACUUUUUGACCUAUCUCGAAUAUACAGGGGACAUUAAAAUAAUAUCAUUGAAUUUGAAUGUACGCGGUAUAUUAGAUUAUUAGAAAGAAUAAGCUGUUUCGACUUGUAUCAACAAAAGAUGUAUUACAUGACGGAUGUGUGAUAAUAUAUUCUAUGUUCAUAUAAUUAAA